AAAAAGAUGGCUCGCUCGCGGCGGCGCCUCUUGCCCCUCGAGUCGCUAUCCUGCAGUGACUCUUGUGACACGCCUUUUUCUUUUACUACCUCCAUGGAGUGGGACACUCAGGUGGUGACUGGCUCUUCCCCUCUAGGUCCUUCCGGGACUGAGGUGGGGGCGUCACCCGUCGACCUGCGGCUGCCUGCGUGGUUGGAACCCGAGAGGUGUGCCGUGUUCCAUUGCGCGCAUUGCCACGCAGUGCUCGCCGACACCGUGCAUCUCGCCUGGGACCUGUCGAGGUCUCUCGGGGCAGUGGCCUUCUCCAGAGUCACGAACAACGUCGUUUUGUUAGAGCCCUUUCUCGUUGGAAUUGAAGGUUCUCUCAAAUGCAGCACAUACAACCUUCUCUUCUGUCAUUCCUGUGGGGUUCCUGUUGGUUUCCAUCUGUAUUCCACCCAUGCUGCUCUGGCUGCCUUGAGAGGUCACUUCUGCCUUUCCUGUGAUAAAAUGGUGUGCUAUCUCUUAAAAACAAAGGCCAUAGUAAGUGCAUCUGAGAUGGAUAUUCACAAUGUGCCUCUACCAGAAAAGAUUGCGGAGCUGAAAGAGAAGAUAAUGCUAAUUCACUCUCGUUUAAAUUCACUGAUAAAGACUCUGAAGGAUGUGACUCCUGAUCAUUCUAACCAAGAAAACUGAAGAAACAAGGUAUUAGUACAGAACUCCCUCCUAUCCUCAACAACA